AUGUCGGAACGAUACGCGCGGCUCGAGCGUAUCGCGCGUUACACCGCGCUGUGGCAAUGCGAACAACAGAAAGCUGGAAAGUCGCACUACCGAACUGCCGAACUGAAGGUAACUCUUACGAAGGUAGUUUCAAACGGGCGUCGACCGGCGGGGCACUUGGACGGGGCGCGGGGGUGGAUGCCAGCGAUUUGGCGGCCGAACGUGAGAGUGACCCUCGACGAGGAUGGUGAAGUCGAGGACACGGAGAGUGGGGGAGAGGAGGUGACGAAGCAGGGGACGAAGCGGAAGAGAGCCCCUCCCACAAAGGGGCCAUGCGAGCACGGGGUGAAGUAUCGGUCGAACUGCAAGGUGUGCAGCGCUUGUCCGCACGGGAAGUGGCGCAGUCGAUGCAAGGAGUGCGGUGGGGGCUCAAUCUGCGAGCACGGUCGUCAGCGCUCUCGGUGCAAGGAGUGCGGUGGGGGUGGAAUCUGCGAGCACGGUCGUCAGCGCUAUAGCUGCAAGGAGUGCGGUGGGGGCGCAGUCUGCGAGCACGGUCGUCGGCGCUCUCAGUGCAAGGAGUGCGGUGGGGGCUCCAUCUGCGAGCACGGCCGUGUACGCUCUCAGUGCAAGGAGUGCGGUGGGGGCUCAAUCUGCGAGCACGGUCGUCAGCGCUCUCGGUGCAAGGAGUGCGGUGGGGGUGGAAUCUGCGAGCACGGUCGUCAGCGCUCUACGUGCAAGGAGUGCGGUGGGGGCGCAGUCUGCGAGCACGGUCGUCGGCGCUCUCAGUGCAAGGAGUGCGGUGGUGCAUCCAUCUGCGAGCACGGCCGUCAGCGCCCUCAUUGCAAGGAGUGCGGUGGGUCUCAAAUCUGCGAGCACGGUCGAGUACGCUCCAAAUGCAAGGAGUGUCGCGCCGCGAAUUAA